CCGCCCCAACACACCCCUCCCCCCCAGGUUUUCCUCGCCUCACUUCGACCUUCAAGAUGACUCACGAGUCUGUGUGGUACAGCCGUCCUCGCAAGUACGGCAAGGGCUCCCGUGGCUGCCGUGUCUGCUCCAACCGCGGUGGUCUGAUCCGCAAGUACGGCAUGAACAUCUGCCGUCAGUGCUUCCGUGAGAAGGCCACCGACAUCGGCUUCAACAAGUACCGCUAAAUUACUCGCUCAUCUCUCUAUCCCUGUUCACGAAUUCAUUCCGUCAUGUGCUCGGCGCCCCGGUCUUCAAACCAACCCCAUGGGAGGAACCAGGAAGGAAACGAAAAAAUGAAAAACCUAGACGGGAAGGAAAGAAGAUAAGCGUUGCUGGGAGGGGGAACAAGAAAGGGAAAUUUCGUUUCAGAGGGGAAAUUUGUUUACCGGUGUGGACAAUUUCUUCUAUUCUUAAAUCUGAAAUGAAAUCAAAAGGUGUCAAUGUCAACGUGAUGUC